CUAAACUUUCAUAGUAAUCUAGCCACAAAUCAGAAAAAUGGUCUUUUACUUAAUGGCAAAUUUCAAAUGAAUUUUAUUUAAGGUUAAGUAAACAAUAAAUAUUUAAAUAAUUAUUAAAAAGUUUUAAGUUAAUUCAAUUGUGUGUCUAAACUUACAGGAAACAUAUUAUAAUGGUAAUAGCAUUAGGGUUCGAAGGAAGUGCAAAUAAAUUAGGUAUUGGAGUGAUUAAGGAUGGAAAAAUCCUAUCAAAUUGUCGAAGAACAUACAUAACACCACCAGGGGAAGGUUUCCUACCCAAAGAAACGGCACAACACCACAAAGAAAAUGUAUUAAUUGUAUUAAAAGAAGCCUUAGAUCAAUCACAAAUUAAACCUGAAGAUAUAGACGUAAUUUGUUAUACAAAAGGACCCGGUAUGGGAGCACCUUUAGCUACAGUUGCUGUGGUUGCUAGAACUGUUGCACAAAUUUGGAAUAAACCUUUACUUGGUGUUAACCAUUGUAUUGGACAUAUUGAAAUGGGUAGACUUAUAACAGGGGCCAAUAAUCCAACAGUACUUUAUGUUAGUGGGGGAAACACCCAAAUAAUAGCAUAUGCUAGAAAAAGGUAUCGAAUUUUCGGAGAGACUAUUGAUAUAGCAGUAGGUAAUUGCCUUGAUCGGUUUGCUAGGGUUUUAAAAAUUUCAAAUGAUCCCAGUCCAGGAUACAAUAUUGAACAACUGGCCAAGAAAGGAUCAAAGUUUGUACCACUUCCCUAUUGUGUAAAAGGAAUGGAUGUAAGCUUUUCUGGAAUUUUAUCCUAUAUGGAAGAAAAGACUGAAAGUCUUCUAAAGGAAGGGCAUACCCCUGAAGAUCUUUGUUUCUCAUUGCAGGAAACUAUAUUUGCUAUGUUAGUUGAAACUACAGAAAGAGCUCUAGCUCAUUGCAAUUCCCAAGAAGUUUUAAUAGUUGGUGGAGUAGGAUGUAAUUUGAGAUUACAAGAAAUGAUGGGUGUGAUGUGCAAAGAAAGGGAUGCAGAACUUUUUGCUACAGAUGAACGAUUUUGCAUUGAUAAUGGUAUUAUGAUUGCUCAUGCAGGUGCAGAAAUGUUUACAGCAGGCCUGAGAAUGAAGUGGGAAGAUUCUUUUAUAACACAAAGGUACAGGACUGACGAUGUAGAAACUGUUUGGAGGAGUGAUUGAUAUUUCAUAAUGAAUUU